CCUGGGGCCAGGCUCUGCCCUGGGAGCCUGCCCCCAAGAUCCCUCGGGCUGAGGCACAGGGCGCUGGGAGCUGCCCCGAGGGUCCGUGGCGGCCAGGCCGGUGGCUUGCUCUGCCCUCGCUCCCUGCCAGGCCUUCUGUGGCUGUGGCAGUGACUCCCUGGGGACCUGGCCUCGUGGUUUCCCUGAUGGCAGAGGCCGGUGCUGUGGCAGGACAGCUGUGAGGAACGUGGACUUCCGGUCUGGGAACCAACCUAGGUUUCACCAUGAACCUGCGUUUUUGUUGGCUGUGCUGUGAGAAGUUGCCAGGUCAUCUCAGUGGUCAGGACAGAGCUGCCCACGCCGUUGUGGCCCUGCUCUGCCCGUCCCAUUCCCACAGCCGUGGCCCGGCAGGGUCAGCACCCACUUUUCAGAUGACCCAGCAGGAAGCAGAGGAUCUGGCUGGUGGUCCUCCCCAGGAAGUCCACUGGGGUCAGAGCUUCACUUGUGACCUGGGCGGAGGGCUGUGACCGCCCACAGGCCCCGAGGCCACUGCCCAGUGCAGAUCGAUCGAGGGCUGGGAGUGAACGCCCUUUCACCUGCCGGUGGCCUGGGAACUCCUCCCACGGGCCGGGCCAGUUCCACAGGCCAGAGGGAGGCUGGCAGAGCCGGGAGGCUGCACACUCGGUGCCGCGGCUGGGCCCGGAGCGCGGCAGAGAACAGGACAGCUGCGGCCUCUUGCUUGGUCUGUUUUCACUUACUUGAGAGGCAGAGAAGCAGAGAGGUCUUCCACCUGCAGCGGCUCAGGCUGGCCGGAGCUGGGAGCUGGGAGCUCCGUCCAGGUCCCCCUGCGCAUGGCGGAACCCAGUCGCGGGAGCCGUCGCUGCGCCUCCCAGGGUCCAGGCCAGCAGGGGGCUGGGGUCCAGAGCUGGAGCUGGCACUGAGCGCGGCUCGCUGAUGCGGGACGUGGGCCUCUGAGCUGCGGGCCGAGCGCCGACAGACACUCUCUCCUCGGUGAGGCAGGAGGGCGCGGUGAGCAGCGGGAAUCCUGUCUCGUUGGAUUUUGUGACUUCAGGGACUCUUGGCCGGGCUGUGUUUAGAAGACCUCGCUCUGUAGCGUGCUGCGCUCGGUGCUGGUGGUGCAGACGCUGGGCUGGUAGUGUAGGAUGCGCAGCCGGGAGGUGCUGGUGUGGCAGGGCUGUGCGUGCACCUGUCAUUAGCAAAGUGUGACCACGAUGCCAUGGACACAUCGGCCGUCUCCUGGAAGGGGGCAGUGCCUCGCGAGCCACGCGACUGACGGGGCGGACGGUGAGGCCCACGGAGGUGUCAUGGGUGGCUGCACACCCCCCAGAAACGCCUGGACAGGGCACAUUCAGGACCCUGCGAGCCAGCGGUUGACGUGGAACAAGCCCCCGAAGAGCGUCCUUGUCAUCAAGAAGAUCCGCGAUGCCCGCCUGCUACAGCCCUUCAAGGAGCUCUGCGCGUACCUGGUGCAGGGGAACAACAUGGUCGUGUACGUGGAGAAGAAGGCCCUGGAGGACCCCGCCAUCGCGAGCGACGAGAGCUUCGGGCCAGUGAAGAAGAAGUGCUGCACCUUCCGCGAGGAUUACGACGACAUUUCCAACCAGAUCGACUUCAUCAUUUGCCUGGGGGGAGACGGGACCCUGCUAUACGCCUCCUCGCUGUUCCAGGGCAGCGUGCCUCCGGUCAUGGCGUUCCACCUGGGCUCCCUGGGCUUCCUGACCCCAUUCAACUUUGAGAGCUUUGAGUCCCAAGUUGCCCAGGUGAUAGAGGGGAAUGCAGCGGUGGUUCUGCGGAGCCGGCUGAAGGUCAGAGUGGUGAAGGCGCUCAGGGGCGAGGCGGCGGCCGUCCACAACGGGCUCCGUGAGAACGGGCUGCCGGCCCCGGGCCUGGACACGGACACCGGGAAGCAGGCCGUGCAGUACCAGGUCUUGAAUGAGGUGGUGAUUGACAGAGGCCCCUCGUCAUACUUGUCUAAUGUGGACGUCUACCUGGACGGACACCUGAUCACCACGGUGCAGGGCGACGGAGUGAUCGUGUCCACCCCGACGGGCAGCACGGCGUACGCAGCCGCCGCGGGGGCCUCCAUGGUCCACCCCAACGUGCCGGCCAUCAUGGUCACGCCCAUCUGCCCUCACUCGCUGUCCUUCCGGCCCAUCGUGGUCCCCGCGGGGGUCGAGCUGCAGAUCACGCUGUCGCCAGAAGCAAGGAAUACUGCCUGGGUGUCCUUUGAUGGACGGAAGAGACAGGAGAUCCGCCACGGAGACAGCAUCAGCAUCACUACCUCUUGCUACCCACUCCCCUCCAUCUGCGUCCGAGACGCCGUGAGCGACUGGUUCGAGAGCCUGGCCCAGUGUCUGCACUGGAACGUGCGCAAGAAGCAGGCCCACUUCCCGGAGGAGGAGGAGGAGCCGGGCGAGGCGCAGGGCUAGGCCGCGCCGCUCUGCUGGCGUCGGAAGUCUGUCUGCUUUUUUUUUUUUUUUGCAUUUCUAAAUGAGCAGAGUGAGGAAGGGGCUGGCGCCCUCCUGUCCACGCACCGAGCAGGGUCCCGGCCGCCCCGCACAAGGCUCUGGCUCCUGCCGGGGGCCCUUUCCGUCUCCGGAGGCUCAGGGUCGGGUGCUUGGUCUGUCCUGUGGCAUUGGAAAUGAACGUCACAGCCGAGGGCCCCGCGGCUCGCUGCUUUCCCCACAGCUCGUCAGGGUGAGGGGCCCCCACCGAGCCUGGUGGCGGGGAGGGGGCAGGGGCGCGGGACACCCCACAUUCCACACAGCUGGGCCCCAGGUCCGCCCGGUGGCGGUUCCGCUGGGCUUCCCGAGAGCUCACGUCCGUGCUGCAGGGGAGGAGCCGUCCUGUUGCCCGGUGCAGGGUGGCCGCUCCCACAGCCCUUCUGAGGACACGCACAUGCUGCAUGCCAGUGCGCAGGGCCACACGGAACCUGCGUGGGGCGCGUGGCUCUGCUGGCAUCCACGGGGCGGGCCCUGGUGGCGGUUGCCCAGUGGACGUCCCAAAUGCGGCCGAGUCUGCCCCACGGUUGCAUUUUCUCAUCGGACUGGUCGGAACAGGUCAGGACGGGCACUGCAGGCUCCGGCUGGCAGAGACCCUCGCCGGGGUCCCCCUGCUGCCCCAUGGGCGCCGAGGCUCUGACCCCACGCCGUCCUGGCAGCCCUCUGUCCUGGGUCCACCCCACACCACCUGUGUGGCUCCAGGUCCAGGAGGGAGUGGUCGAGCCGCUCAUCCCAGAGAGCAGCGUGCCACACCGGUCCAGAAAGCUUUUGGGCUUUGAAAUAAUUCCUAAUGUCCCGUUGUUAACAUCCCCAAAUUUGUUAAUAUUGCUAGAAGCAUUCUUACUAUUUUCAGAUCUUUCAAUAAACGCACUUGUAAAAAACCA